UAUUCCAUUAAGAUGUUGUUGCGUUAGCGACGCUUUGCAUAUUAGACGACGGGAUGGCUGAAGGUCACGCUGUUUCCACUCAGACUGUGAUAUCUCUUCUGCUGAUUUGCAUGAGCACGCGAGCAAGUCGAAUAAACGCUCGAAGAUACACGAUGUUAUUGCAAUAGCAAGCAUUUGCAUAUAAGACAACUCGUUGGAUAAAGGUCGUACCUUUUUACUCUAGCCGGUGUCGCCUUUGCAACUCGAAGACAGGAAAAAUAAUUACUAUGCGAUACAUGUUGCGCCGCAGGAAAAAGAAGAAGAAAAAAAGACGCAGUAUACUAAUGACAGCCACCUCCAUGCUGACUGCUUUGAUUUCUGAACAGAGCGAGCCAGCCCGGGUAAAGCCGUAAUUACCUCUCAAGGAUAAACGAUAAUAUCACUUUCCUCAUCACGUCUUUGGGGCGAGACGGUCGACGCUGCACUCUCAUAGGCAAACGAAGCGACUUCUAUAUAAGACGGUUCGUCCGCAACGCUUUCCGGACUGAGCUGGAAUGUCAAGUGAAUGCCACUUGAUUGUUUUCAGGUGGAUUCACUUGACAUUCCAGCUCAGGUUUUUCCGUGCGGGUGUUUGACUGGAAAAGCAGACUAAGAACACUUCACCUGCACGUCAAUGGCAAACAGUUCAUCUUCCUUCUUUUGCCGUAACUACUCCGAAGAGGUUGAAGGGAACAGUUUGAGAUCUUCCUUGACAACAAGGCAAAAAUGUGUGCUAUACAAUGGAGAAGAGGUGGAAAACUUUUUUUUUCAAGUUAAUCCACUCGGGAUUCCAGAUGAAGAUUUUUUUUCUCCGUGAGAGUGUUUGACUGGAAAGACAGACUGUGGUAAGUACAUGGAUUUGCCCUCCUCUUUUGCAAUACAUAUACUAUAUAUAAUGCUUUUCUAUGAACAUGCAAGUCAUUUAUGGAAAUGCAAAUAUGAGGAACGACAAGGUUUCAUGCCUCUCGCUUUCAGUGGCGACAUGCAGGUCUUUGUGAUUUAAGGAAUGCUUUCCUAGCCCAUCACAGGAAGUGAAAACGUUUGCAAACAGUUAAAUUUUUUUUUUAUUUAGAUACAAGGACAGUGAGAUCACAGCCCUUUUAGAUAGUGAGAUUCCAUAGCCAGAGUGAUGUCGACCAAUUGUUCUGCCAAGAGAGUAAAUGUUGCCUGGGCAGCGGCGAAGUUUUAACUCACGUUCUAAGCACAAACAGCAUACAUCUGAGCAUUCGUUAUCGUAAUAGGUCCUUGUAAGAUUGGCUGUCUCUAAGCAUUUUUGCAGCUGGCGUGUUUCGUUUCGUGUUAGGGUAACACCAGAACGCUUCGGUUUACCGUUUUCACUCCAAAUGCGUACCACAAGCAAGUCAGAAGGGCACGAAUGUACAUAAACAUAUUUUUCCAGUUCAGCUUCUUUGCUGCAAUUGCCCUGAUGAAGCUGAAGGGAAGAGGAUGGAAGCUUCGUUAGCUCGAUGAUCACCACAACAAGCAAAAACGUGUGCCACACAACGGAGAAGAGAACACACAAACAUCUAUCCAUGUCUGUUCACUCACAAUGAAAUGAGAGGGCUUAGUACAAAUGUACAUUUUUAUUUCCCUGAUACAUGAGCGGUGAUUAUUUUUUUUUAUGCUCCAUUGUGCACCAGUCGAUGUUUGAAGAGGUCAAGUGUUAGCUUGCUGAUGUAGCCUGUUAAGUAGUGCCAACCUUCAGACUCGGCUUGUUCCAUGAAACAUAGACUCUCGGCAGCAAGAUGCAUAGCGUCAACCUCGUCAGCAUAUGUCAAAAUUUCGUCCACGUGACGUGACCAUUCAGCAAGUAAGGCAAAAGGUGAUUCCGAGGCAAACGUACAGGCGGUGUGAACUCUGGCAUACAUUGUUUUUGCAGUUUUCCAAGUAACCCUGUCAGGAGGUUGAUCUGGCAGCGCUUGAAACAACACCAUAUCCGUCACAAUUUUAAAAGCUUCCACGAGCGAAGUUUUGCCUACUUGUGUUAACCCACAUUCCAAUAUCUCUUUGUAGGAGACGUGUUUGAGACGACACACAGGCUGCAUCCGAAAUUCGUGUGUGUAACCUCUUCUCCAUCUGCCACACACAUCUCUACCUAGCACAGGCUGCUCUUCAUCUGCGUCUGAUGAUGACAACCAUGCGCCAUCAAGCCGAGGAUCAACCUCAGGCCAUGUUGUGUCAUCGGCGGCUGACUUGUCUUGACUGGUCAUUACAAACCAAGUUCAUUCUAUACAGCAAGAGGAGAAAGCAAAUUGUCAACAUAACAGCGAAGCCUCCAUAACACAAGUAAGCUAUGUCAUCCGUCAUGGAAAAGUUGGAUAAACUGAAAAAAUGUGGUGACGGUGAAAUUCAGAAAAUGAGCAACAUACCCAAAAACGAAAAGUUCGAAGUGCUGGACAUUCAGAAAAUUGACACUAUGUAUGGCGAGGCCGUAUACGUGGAGCUCCGCAUGGAAAACGACAAGCCAGUGAAAGUGUAUCUACCUGGACGCUUCAAAAAAUUGUCGGAGGAAGAGCUAGAGGAAAUGCGACUGCUUCCAAAUCUCAAAAUGGAGAAGAAAGAACGGUUUACCAAAGAUGGUAAAAAAGUCAUUUCGCCAGAUAUUAUCUUCACCAAUUCGAAGAGAAAGUGAUGAGAUAUGGUGACGUGUCACUUAUGCUCCCAGCACGAACGGCAGUAUUAUGCAACAGCAUUAGGUCUUCAGAUUCACUUGGCAAAUGUUCACAAUCUUCAAGCCCCCUGCAUUCCUUUUUGUGAGACUUUGUGCACACUGCGAAACUAUACUAAUCGGUUCGAGCUACAUUUACACGACAGGGACGUUAGCGGACAUGAUGUUACAACCUUUUUUCACGAGUACAGACAGUACAUUGCUGAUGUCUUACGACACUUUGGUUUCCCACUGCGCUAUUUUGUAUUGCUUAAAGUGGAACUUGGUCGUCACACGCCAGACGAUGAGUUACAGCUCGAAAUUAGUUUCGUGCCUUCCAAAGUAGUGACAGUAUGGUCAGAGGCAGAUGUAGAACCUUCUAUCACUCAAGUGACUGCUGAAAUAGCACAAAAUUUGGAAAACCUCGAAGUAGAAGGUUCAGGUUUUUUUCUCUUUCGCAUUCAUGCCUGUAUCAUGAACAUUGGACGUUUGAUGCCUCAACUGAUUGGAUGUGCCCAGUUUGAGUUACCGCAAGAAUUGAAGCAUAAGUUUCGUUCUCUGUUGUGUGUGGACUUUGGUUUGCAUGAAGAUGAGCAGAACAUGUGUUUUGCCUUCUCUGUAAUAGCUGCACUGCAUCCUGCUACUGGUUAUCGCAGGCGUAGGGCAUCUUCGUACAGACCAUAUAUUUCUGAGUAUGUUUUUCCGAAAACAUUCCCGGUAGCUUUCCCAAAAGAGGUUGAAGCAUUCGAAAAAAAUAAUGGUAUCAGUAUCAAUGUGUACGCCUACGAAAGGGAAGACAAAUCUCUGUACCCCAUCAAGGUUGUCGAUGACGAGCGUGAGAAACAUGUGGAUCUGUUGCUAAUCGACUCUCAUUUUCUGCUUAUCACAAAUUUUAAUGGAUUAUUUCAACCUAGCGGACGGUUUCAUUGCAAGAGGUGUAUGAUGGGCUUCUCAUCAGACAGAAUCCUCAGUGAUCAUUUAAAGAUGUGUUUGCAUCAGAAGGUUGCUAAGACAAUUUACCCUAAGAAGGGAGAGACGGUAGCAUUUGCCGGGGAACAUCUCAUGUCGGAAGUCCCUUUCUACUGUGUAUAUGAUUUUGAAAGUGUUUUGUCACCUUGUUUGGAGGAAACAAACGUGUAUGAGGAUCACUGUCCUUCCUCAUUUUGCCUUUUGGUUAUACGUGCAUCCGACUCACACGUGUUGCAAAAGCAUCUUUUCCGUGGUCCUAAUUGUGUCACAGUAUUUAUGGAGCUGCUGCGGAAAUUGCAUGACGAAAUUUUAGGAUGGAUACAUGCUUUUGCACCUCUAGAAAUGACUGAAGAGAAUGAGCGUCAACAUACAGCAGCCACUCAUUGUAAUAUCUGCAAAGAAUCCUUUGCUAAAAGACAAAAAGUUCGAGACCAUGACCAUGUAAGCGGAGAAUUUCGACAAACACUAUGUCAGACGUGUAACCUGAAACUGAGAGUGCCACCCAAGAUUCCAAUCAUUGCACAUAAUGCUAACUAUGACAUGAGUUUUCUCCUGUCUCAUUUACAUCUGCUUAAGAAGUCAGACAUCAACGUGAUUGCCACCAGCUGUCAAAAAUUUAAAGCAAUUGACAUCGGCUCUUAUCGAUUCUUGGACAGUUUGAGUUUUCUGAACGCAAGCCUUGAAACACUGGUGAAAAAUCUACGUGAUAAAGGUGAAUCCAACUUUCAAUGCCUUCGCCAGUUUUUUCCAAAUGAGGAACACUUUCAGCUGGUUGUUCGUAAGGGGGUCUUCUGUUAUAACUUUGUCACCAGUUUUGAAGCCUAUGAUGAGCCUUCGCUACCACCUCGAGAUAAGUUCUUUAACAUUUUGAAUGGAACCGAAGUAAGUGAACAAGACUACAACCACGCGCAGAAUGUGUAUGAAAAAUUUCGGCUCAAGAGUCUUGGAGAGUAUUCGGACUUAUACCUUCUGACAGACACACUGCUUUUAGCAGAUGUGUUUCAGAACUUUCGAAAGUGGACACUCGAUGUGCACAAGAUUGAACCGUUUCAUUUUGUAUCCCUUCCAGGAUUAAGCAUGUCUUGUGCACUAAAAAUGAGUCAGGUAGAACUAGAACUAAUUAACGACCCCAACGCGUACCUGCUCAUCGAGAAUGGCUUACGAGGAGGUGUCACACAGUGCUCCCUGAGAAAAGCAACUGCGAAUGUGCCAGGAACAGAACAGUUUGAUCCCGAAAAAGAAAAAAAAAUAAUUAACUACAUUGAUGUAAAUGGCCUGUAUGGAGCAGUCAUGAGAGAACCAUUGCCUUACGGAGGAUUUGAGUGGCUCACUGAGGAGGAAAUUGUUAACUUGGAUAUAGCUCAGAUACGAGAUGAUAGCCCUGUGGGUUACUUUCUUGAGGUAGACCUAGUGUAUGACCGAGCAACUCAUGAACACCACAGAGAUCUUCCCGUUGCCCCUGAAAAAAUGUCCGUUCGUUAUGAGCUAUUGUCAGACUAUCAGAAGGCGCUCAUGAAGAAGUUCAAUCUUCCACAGAAAGCUACCGAAGCAAAACUGUUGCUAACAUUAUUUGAUAAAGAGAGGUACUUUCUCCACUAUCGCAAUUUGCAACUGUAUCUGCAAUUGGGGUUGCGUCUCACUAAAGUUCACAGGGUCCUCAAGUUCAAUCAAAAGCCCUUUCUGCGAUCCUAUGUCGACUUCAAUCACGAACUUCGGAAGCGAGCUACAAACGCAUUUGAGAAACAGCAAUCAAAGCUAAUGAUUAAUAGUGUAUAUGGCAGGACAUGUAUGCAAGUCAGGAAAUUCGUAAAUUGUCGCCUCACAGUAACAGAUGAGCAAGUGUUGAAGCUUCUACGUAAACCAAACUUGAAACAGUUCCGCCCUCUGAGCUCUCACGUCAUCUUGUUCCAAUUUAGUCAGUCUGUUCUUCGCAUGAAGCAACCGCUGUACCUGGGCUUCACAAUAUUGGAAUUGUCUAAGCUGAAGAUGUUUGAUUUUUAUCAUAACCAUCUUCUCCGUGUAGCCCCUGAUACACGACUGCUAUACAUGGACACUGAUUCUUACAUUGUGAUGCUGAGUGACGAUAAAGUACUCCACGAACUAGCUGAUGAGCAUCUAGACAACUCUGGAUAUGACCCUGAUCACCCACUCUAUUCGACAAAAAACAGGAUGGUACUAGGAAAGUUUAAAAAUGAGCUUCCUCGUGAUCACAUUCUUGGCUUCUGUUGUCUGAAGCCAAAGCUGUACGCCCUCGAUCUGUGCAGCAAAAAGCAGUACAAUCGCGCUAAGGGUGUUAAACAAUGUGAAGCACAAAAACUCCACUUCUCUAUGUAUACGAAUGCUCUCGAGCAGGGCACAAUGCAUAAAGUUAAACAGAACCUCAUUGUGCACAAGGACAAUGUCAACAAAAGUGUGUCAGUGACAAAAAUAGCCCUCAAUCCACUGGAUACGAAACGCUUCAUUUGUGAUGAUGGAAUUGACACGCUACCUUUUGGCUAUGGUUGAAUUUUUUUAAUGUGUACGGAUUGGUCUCUCUAAUGAAGCGAUGGUGUUGGGGUGUGCACCGUCACGAGGUUUCAUUACAGAGUUGGCAUACGGGAGUAGGAGGGAACUCAUCUGUUAUCACCCCCGCAACAGAUGUUGCCCUUCUAUUCCUGGUCCCACAGAAAAAAAUUGUAAUAAAGAUGUUACAUCCAUAUAGCUAUGGUUUGUCAUAUAUUAGAACAAUGUCAUGUUAGAACCAUGAACUAAAGCUAUUGCAUUAUUCCACAUCUAUGGUUGUCAGUGUGGGAUUACUUACAACUGUGAGUUAGGAGCUAGAGGAUAUUUGUUAGCCACGAGUGAUGACUAAGCUGAGACCUGGUUUGAUGAAUUUCAUGUCUUCCUGAAGUAAUGUGUAGCUCUUGAUGUGAGUGAAAGAGAGACAGUUUGCUUUCCCAUAUUGCUGCAUGCAUUUGCGAUGGAAAUAACAACUGACUUUGUCUGCAAGUCACUGUUUGUAAAUGGACCGUCUCAGACGAAUUUGAUUAUAUGUGUGUGAAAUAACCUGUUUUCUAAGAAUUUGAUUAUAAGAGUAUGUGAUAACCAGUUUCUAAUAGCAUGUAUGUAAUCUAUAACAACGUCUUUGUUUGCAAGUCAGUGUUUGCAAAUAGCCUGUCUCAGAUGAGAGUCACUGUUUGUAAAUGAUCCGUGUCAGAAAAUUUUUGAUUAUACAGUCAAACUUCUUUACAACGAAACUCGGGGGACAGCAAGAAAAAUUCGCAGUAAAGGUAUUUUCGUUAAAAAGGAUGUCCAUUAUUGGACCUAUAGGGCUCCAGCAGGACCGCAAAAAAAAUUGCUGUAGUGGUAUUUUCAUUAAAAAGGUGUUCGCUAUAAAGGAGUUUGACUGCAUGUGUAUGAAAUAACCAGUUUCUAAUAGCAUGUAUGUAAUCAUCAACAAUGUCUUUGUUUGCAAGUCACUGUUUGUAAAUAGCCUAUCUCAGAUGAGAUUUUUUUUUUAUUACCAAUGAUUCAUUAUAUAGUGUGCAAAUUAAGUUGACAAAUAAAGCUCUUUUCAGGCAAACUGAAAUUUUAUUGAAUGCUCAUAGUACACUACAGCAUGACAUAUCCUCUGUUUUUCUUGGGAAAUUUUUUCGAACAAGUGUUUCUAUCAAUCUGUCAUUGUGUCUGAAGUUGGUUGGUGAAAACUUCUGAGUGCACUCUUGAAGAGAGAAACCACAGGCUAGAAGACUACCUACAUACAAGCAGUACAGUCCACAUGUAGCAGAUCCAUAUCCCUGAAGUCGUUUUGCAUUGUAGUGAAAGGAAGAUGUUGGGUGAAUAAACUGGUAAAUUUCUUUGCAAACUGGUCGUAUGCCGUAGCUGUCGAAAUAAGAAAUGCUGUUGUUCUUAGAGAUGUAACAUAAGGUCCAGUGUUCUCCAGGAGAGGAUCUAGGAGCUGUGUUUACAACAUACAGCCCUGGUUCAGCUUUUUGACUUGCAAUUUCAUUGCAUGCAAAUGUUCCACGAAACAGUGGCCUUGUGCAGUGAUUUCGAGCAAAGGCUGCAUAAAAUUCCCAUUCCUCCAUUUUUUUUCUAUACGAAUUUGACUCGUCUGUCUUUGUUGAUUUCUAGCACACGAGGUGUUUCUGAAACAAAGAGAACUGUAACAGCCUCUGUAAGAUUUCCACCAAAUGUUAGGGUGAGACGAACAUUGGCUUGUACCACUGGACUCAGCGACUGCACUUCCACAUCUGGAGUGAGAUGGUAGUAGAGCAUAAACGUUUCUUUCUCAUAUGCAGCCGGAGCUAGAGGUAUGUCUUUCCGCUUCAGCUUGUGAAGCAAAUUCAUAUAUCCUUUAGAGUAGAUCGAUCGUUGAAAGUCAAAGUCAUCUGUGUACUGUUGUCCACCAACAUCAAGCACAGCUCUCUUAAGCUUGAAAUUUUCAAGUUUAAAUGGAUUCCUUUGUCUGUUACCCUGGUAGGCUUCACUUCUAACCAUCAAUACUGUCAGCUUUGAGGGAACUCGUUCACUGUAAAGGUCAUCGAAAAUCACUUGAGAUUGAUUUGGAGCAAUUGUCCUGUACUUAAUCUCUAAUCCUCGAAGGAGGUAUGAUGCUGGAGUUGUCUGAAGUCUUCGUUCGAUGCCGACGAGUACACUUGGAGAAACCUGCACACGUCGCAGGUACAACACAAUUCGUGAAAACUCUAUAGUGUGUUUUUCAGUCUCGCUGGCAGGUGCAAGAAGUCGAAAAUCAUCUGUGUUCUGACGAAGGACAACUCUUAUGUCGACUCCAUUGAGAAGAAACUUUUCCUGUUGACAUAUAUCACUGAAGAUAGGGGAAUAAAGAUCGCAGAGUGUCGAACCUUUGGUCCGUUUGUAGCGUGCAAAAAUUCCUUUUGCCUCAACAGGAGCGGCAAAAUUUUCAGAUUCUCCCACUGGAUCUGGUUCGUAGAGCAUUGCAGAGAGGGUGUGAGUUUGAGUAACAUUAUUAGCAUUUGUUAUUAUGUCCAAGUAUGAACGAUAUGCAUAAUUUUCGAAGUUAGAAACCAGUGUCGAAUUAAGGUAGACGUGGACAUGAUGAAAGAGCGAGGAUGCAAAUGCUUGCACAGGUAUCACACUAUCUGGUGUCACUGUACUGCCAACUGUACUUGAUGCUGUAUCUCCAUUUUUCCGUACAAUUUUGCAUUGAAUGUGUAGAAAACUAGACUGCAAGUCAAAGAAUCCACCUCCGAGACCUGGAACAUUAUAUUCGAUUACACCACUUGCUGUAGGGGCAGAAACUGGAAAAAACUCCACAUAUUCUGACUUCUCCAAGGAAAAGUUUGUUGGAGGAAGAGAAAACAGUUCCAAUUGGUUUGUGGUGCAGAGGCAGGAAUUCUUAUGUACUAUUGCGAUGCUAGACAUUUUCUGUAGUAAAAAAAUCGACCUUUCUUCGCUUCUUCAGGGAUUUUACUGACCGACCCACCCUCUUACGUUUGCUUUUAUUGUUGACAGAUUGUUUUCUUUUCCUUCCUUUUCCUCUGAGCCUCUGAAGCAACUCGUCACGUGUUGAAUGGAUUGUACGACCAACUCCUUUCCUUAGAGCUUCUCUAAACGUUGAUCCCUGCUUAACUUCUUCUGCUAUGUGUCGUCCAGUGUCGAGGAGCUUUCGACCCACGUAGGGAGCUACCUUCUUCGUUAGUAUAGGUAUAAACUGCUGCACUAAAUCAGAGAAAUAACCAGAUCCGACUUGAUAAAGAGGAGCUGAAUAAUGUGGCAGUGGUUGAUCACGUUUGCCCGUACCAUAAUGUGCUAUGCAACAGGGUGCCUGUGUUAUAUACAUUUUCGAAAAUGCAGUGUCACUCCAACACGUCCUGAGCCGGCAAUGAAUGGAAUGAAAUCACCUAUCUCGUUUGCCAGUUCGAUUUGAAUGGUGGUCAGUUCUUUUGCUAUCACAUAUUUAUAGUAAAGAUUAGUGAAAGAAUAUGAAAUCACUUCAUUCCGACUCUGCACUCUGAAAGGGAGUAAACGGAGAAGAGGUGCCGUGAUAUCACCGACAGCUUCAUUCUCGAUGAUGUCACUGUAAAUAAAUAUAUAAUUUUGUGCUGGAAAAAGACAGACAUCCCGCUGGGCUACAGCAAAACUUGAGAAGGUUGUCCUUUUUCCGAAUCCAAGCAUCAGAGCCAAAUAUGGAUGAAAUGUGACAUAA